UAUCGAAAACAGCUGUUUAGUUUACCUCUUGAAAAAGUUAAAUGUCAAAAUAUAUACAUAGAAACAAAUUUCGAUUUAAAUUUUAUUAUUAUUACUACCGAAGAUGAUAGUUUUAAGAAAAAAUAGUAAUUUUGUUUGCAUAAACAAAAUACGAAAGUUUGCAGACAAGGUCAAAACUACAACCAAUCCAGGACUUUUGGAGAAACCAGACCCUGAAAAGGUGUCCUGUGACUAUAUUGGACCACCCGACAAGGAAUCUAAUCUCCGACCUUACGUUCGUUGUAUUCCCAAAAAUGAAACACCCCUAGCCACUGAAUUAAGGUUAAAACAAAUCGAAGUCGAGAAAUGGAAUCAGGAUUUUUGGGCUAAACACAAUAAGCGAUUUUAUGAUGAAAAAGAAGAUUUUAUCAGACUGCACAAAGAAGCAGGUAUCGAUGAACUGUCCGCUGAUAAGAUGAGCGAAUUUUACAAAGCAUUUUUAGAUAAAAAUAAGAAGAUGCAUGUUUAUUAUAAUAUUUCUUGGUAUUUGAAGAACUUUGACUUAUUGGUGCUAUCUGGACAGGUAAACGUUCAAAAACUGUUCAGAAAACUACGAAAUUAAUAUUUUAAAUAUAAACUUUAAAACUACAAAAUUUCUUAUUAUUUUAACAUUGUAAAACAAAUUAUUGAAUAAAAUAUACCAUUACGCCAAACUGCUGGCUUUGAAAAAGCUAGUAGGUACUGGUACUGCUAUUACAAAUACUAA